UGGAAGUUCUUCAGCCGGGCAAUCAUUCCCAGGUGCAAAAUGGUUAGAAUCACAUUGAUUGAGUUUUCCCUGAUAGUUUUCCUAAUUCCGCUGAAAUUACUCGCCUGUGAAGAGAUUCUGGGAUGUGGAGGUUUCAUCAAGACUCACGCGGCAAUAGAUUUUUCCAAAGUUGAGAUAAAAUUGUUCACGAAGCAGGGAAAUCUCAAGGAUAAGACUGACUGCUCACCAUCCAAUGGGUACUACUUCCUGCCUCUGUACGACAAGGGAGAGUAUCUGCUGAAGAUCUCUCCACCACCCGGAUGGAGUUUCGAACCGGAGGAAGUCGAGUUGGACUUCAAUGGAGAGACUGACGUGUGCAGCCUAGGACGUGACGUGAACUUUGUCUUCAAGGGCUUCGGAAUCAGUGGCAGAGUGACAAUACUGGGACACAGGGAUGCAGGAGCGGCAGGAGUGAAAGUGGAGCUGCACGACUCGAAGAAUGACGAUGUCCGGAAGACGGUUUCCGACGUCAGUGGGAAUUUCUUUUUCACGCCAGUCAUCCCAGGGAUGUACAAACUCAAAGUACAUCACGAGAAAUGGUAUUUUGAGAAAUCCGAGAUCACUGUGGAGGUGAACACAGGGAAUACAGAACUGGCUGAGAACUUACUUCAAGUCACUGGCUUCGAUGUCUUCGGGAGGGUGUUGAGUGAUGGUCAGUCCUUUGGGAAUAUCGCCGUUGCCUUGCUGCCGGAGAAGGGCGUAAAGCACAGUCCAAAGUGCAUAACUUCUCAAGUCAACGAUGUCAUCAACAGUGAGAGAGGAUAUUCCGGAAUGCCGCUUUGCGUGAGCUCUAGCGACUCCAAGACAGGAACAUUCACAUUCAAUGGAGUGAAUCCUGGGAAGUAUCUGAUCAAGCCCUUCUUCCCGCAGAGUGACAUCAAGUAUAACAUCGAACCGGAGUUCCUCGAAGUGAUUGUGGAGAAGGACACUGUGAAAUUGGCGCAGCACUUCGAAGUGAAGGGUUUCAGCGUGGCUGGAAGAAUUCUGACCAGCAAAAACGGAAAGGGAGUGAAGAAUGCUGUGGUGAAGCUGGAUGGAAUUGAAGUGGCUAUCACUGAGGAGGACGGACAGUAUAAGUUUGAAAACAUCAAGUCUGGAACUCACACAAUCCAAGUGACAGCUGAUAAUGUCCAGUUUACUGACCACACGAUCAAUAUAGCUGCCAAUAAUCCCAGGAUUCCUGACAUUGUGGUGUCGGAGUUUAAAGUGUGCGGUCAGGUGGUGUCCAGUGGGAGCCACAGAGUGGCCAUUGCGGGCGCCAAGUCGGGUUUCCACGUGGAAUUGGAGACUCCUGCUGGUGGCGCUGGAGGAUGGUGCACUUACCUCCCAAAUGGACAGUACAUCGUGCAAGUGGUGCUUUCUGAGGAAGAGAAGAAGACAGGAAUGCAGUUCGUGCCUAAAAUCCACAAUAUCGAAGUGAACUCUUCACCUCUAUCCGGGAUUCACUUCCGGGAGCUUCGUGCCACGAUAUCAGGAGAGGUGAAGUGCCUCUCAGACGCAGGUUCUGGAUGCAAGGAUCUCACAAUAACUCUCAACUCGGUGGACAUGAGUGGCAGCAGCAAUGGACAGUAUAUUAGUGCUGUGCUGAAGAAUGGCAAGUUCACCUUCACGGAUGUGAUGCCAGGAAAGUAUGAAGCUAGUGUCCAGGACACUGCUCUUUGUUGGGAGGCGUCUCGCUAUGUGUUCACCGUGCAAUCAGCUGUGGAGACCAUCCCCACGUUUAUUCACAAUGGCUACAAAGUCACCAUGAUCGCCAGUCACGUGGUGAGGAUGAAGUACGUGAAGAAGGGUGUGGAGAAUGCCACGGCCAUUGAGCAGGACCUUCAGGUGGGUCUGAAUUUCUUCUGUGUGGCCAAGGAGGGAAGCUACAGUGUGGAUUUCGAGUGGAAUCAUCAGUACGAUGCCAAGGAGAUCCCCAAAAUGUUCGAUACUGCGGCAACUUCUCCGUAUUUCGUCACCUUCUCCAAACAUCGAAGCAUCCUGGGCAGGAUUGAACCGGCUGUUGAGGGUGUUCAGCUGCACUUAAGAUUUCCUGGAAACCCAGAGAUUAUGGACAUUGUGGCGGAGAGCAACAAGAAGGGAGAAUUUAAAUUCACUGCCGUUGACGCUUCUGUGGAUAUUGAAAUAACAGCAUCGAAGGAAUCUUACGAGUUCUCAUCCUUUGACAAGACCACCAAUGUUAUCCACGCCAAGAAGCUUUGUGAAAUCGUGGCCACCGUUCGGGAUGAGGCUGGGAAUCUCCUAUCGGGGGUCUUGCUAUCGCUGUCAGGAGGUGAAAGUUACCGGAAGAACCUCGUCACUGGAGAUGAGGGUGUGAUUAAGUUCCACUCCCUGUCACCUAGUCAGUACUUCCUGAAGCCAAUGAUGAAGGAGUACAAAUUUGAUCCAGUCUCCAAGAUAAUCGAUGUGCAGGAAGGAGCUACAAUCAAUGUAGAUUUGACUGGGAAAAGGAUUUCGUUCUCAGUUUUUGGCGCUGUGACGUCCCUGAACGGCGAUCCUUUCGCCAAUGUUCUGGUAGAGGCGAUAUCCCAACCACCAUGUCCUGGACACCAAGAAGAGACAAAUUCCGAAGCGAAUGGUCAGUUCAGAAUUCGUGGUCUGCAGCCUGGAUGCACAUACGAUGUGCAGGUGAAGAAAGAGGGCAAUGCUCAAGUGGACAGAACCAUCCCUACUAAGCAUUCUAUCACGAUGAAGGACACCGACGUCAAGGAUGCCACAAUUAUCGCUAUCAGUCCUCUGGGAUUCAUCGAUGUGUCUGCCAAAGUGAUGACAAACAGCAACAAUCAUUACAAAUCUCUCAAGAUCUCACUGUACAAGAAGGGCAACAUGGAUAAGCCUGUCUACUCGCAGCGACUGGACAGUCCGCUGAAUCCGAAGAGCAACGUUAAUCCCGGAAUAAUGGUGUUCUUCCCGAGGAUACCCUUUGAUGGCAAGAGCAUCUACUUCGUGGAUCUGAAGACGACGCUCUCAGAGAAGAACUUCAAAUUCAAGCUGCCCGUUGUGCAGUUCAUAGCUAAUGAGAGCACAAUCUUUGUGGAAUUGGACUUCGAUGCGGAAGUCAGGACAACAGAUGGAGAUCUCAAUCCCAACUCGAUCGCCGCUCUUGUGCUGAUAUUGCUGGUUGGUAUCGGCUUUCUGAAGCAGGAUUUGGUGCUUGAGUUGGGCAAGAUGGCCUGGGACAAAGUUUAUGCAGCUGUUCAGGAUGCCAUCAACAGGAGGCGGCAGAAGGAAAUCAGCAAGUUCGAUGAGAGCUUCGACGAGAAGGAGCUGGAGAGGCUGGCCAAGUCAAUCAAUGCGGUGAAGAAGAGGAAGAUCAAAAAGAUUAAUUGAGCCCGAGAGUGAAACCACCAGAGAUUCAUUAGUUGCGUUUUUAUUUGUUUUGCGGGACGGGAAAAGGGGCUCAAUAAAUAGAAAAAUAUCUCUAGA